AACCAAUGCAUGAGAAAUCGGGGCCCAUGCACAGCCUGGACAAGCUGGAAUCCUGGCACAAGGAGAAGAACUUGGGUUCUCCGAAUGGCAGCCUGAAUCUGAAUAACGCUGUAAAGAAUGAGGAACUCAAGAAAUGUCACCAAGAAGUCACGGCUCCCAAUAAGUAUAAUUCUCAGUAUCACAAGUUAUUCAAGGACAUCCCCACUGAAGAAAGCGUGGUUAAAGUCUGCUCCUGCGCCCUUCAGCGAGACAUCCUGAUCCAGGGCCGUCUCUACAUUUCUCCAAACUGGCUCUGCUUCUAUGCAAACCUUUUUGGGAAGGAUAUCAAGGUUGUGAUUCCUGUGGUCUCUGUCCAACUAAUAAAAAAGCACAAAACAGCCCGGUUGUUGCCAAAUGGACUCGCGAUCACCACCAACGCCAGCAGAAAAUACAUCUUUGUGUCCCUCAUUUCCCGAGACAGCGUCUAUGAUGUUUUGCGGCGAGUCUGCACCCACUUACAGGUCUCCAGCAAAAAAAGUCUGAGUUUGAAAGAGCUCGCUGAAGAGCCAGAUGCGGUAUCCUUGGAGGUCAUUGUCCCAGAGCUGAAGUGGAGGAGGUCCUCGGCGUCGCUCUCCCUCACCCUCCCAGAUUCCGGCUUCCAGUGUAUCCACCGAACUUCGAUCAGCAACCUCAGUGCUAAGGACAACUCCUGCAACUCGGAGGAGCCCCUGGCAUCAGAAAGUACAAUAAACUCUGAGGAGGAAGAGGAGGAGGAAGAGGAGGAGGAGGAGUUAGUAGUGGACCAAAGCUACAAAGCAGAAUUGAGACCAGCUGAUUAUCAGCUGCUAAAAAUCUUCAUAGUGUUAAUCUGCCUUUUGGUGUUGUCCUCAUCGUACUUGGCCUUCCGAAUUUUCCGGCUGGAGCAGCAACUCUCCUCCUUGAACCAGGAUUACUUUUCCCGAAUAUCUCAAAGGUAA